GUUGAAUUCACAAGUUAUUCCCUCUUCUCCCAACUCGUUCUUGCCAGAUCGGUAUUUCAGCUACUUGAUUCAGGGAUACGGUUCUUUUUUUUUCUUUUUCUUCUUGCAUUUGUUUUCGUAAAGUUCAAGUGAUGAAAGCUGGUUCCCUUGACAACAUCUGCAUUCCUGAAUCACUUGAUAAACCUAUUUCUGAUAUGACAAGUUCUCGAGCCAUCGGUUUUGACGAAAUGACCCCCGCCGCGGAAGAAUUGAUCCGUAUUCGGAAACAUUCAGAAACUGGACCUUUGCACCAGCGAUUUCGAAAGAUAUCAUUGGCAGAGACAUCGCUUCACAGUUUUCGGUUCUCUUCCUCCAUCAAUUCUCAUGCCACCAAUCUUGUCGAUAUGCGUCAGAGCAUUCUCAGCCGGUCCGCGGCUUUCAUGAAGAGAAAAGAAGAUGGUGAAUCAUCGCCUAUACGCUAUCAUUCAUCGACCUAUCAUUCGCCUAAACUUGACGACAUUCAUAAUCGAGUGAAAACAAAGAGCGCCGCGUACGGUUAUCUAUCGCAAUUUGCUGAUAAAGCAGGCAAAGAACGACACAUGCAUCGACAAAAGAGUGAUCCUUCCGUCAUUAAAUCCAAUCAUCGUCACCGACAGCAAACACCUGUUACUCCCGAUGAAGGGGAGCCUGUCAUGGAUCGUCUGGCUCGUACGCUGUCCUCCAGUUCAUCCAUUCUUUCCGAUCAAUCCGACACAUCAUCGACCAUUUCCUCAUCAUCCGAACGAUGUUCCUCCUCGUCUCGAGUCCAUCGAUCCUAUACGACAAAACCAAAAGACGUUCAACGCUACAAUCGUUCCUUCACAGGCGACCGAACACCGACUCGUGCACGAUCAUUUUCCCAUCGACGAUCAUCGCUGAUGCCCAUUAUUCAGCCACGUUUACAUCAUCCUACCCGCUUUUUGCCACAGCAUCAUGCUGUAAUUACCACGCACGUCGAUUGGCGCAUCAGUGUUGCCAACAGUAUCGCCGCUUCGGUGCUCGGAGGCGCCUACGUGAGCAGUCGAGAACUCAUCAAUCGUUCCAUUCUCGAUUUCAUCGAUCCCAGUUAUCGUACUCAUUUUAUCGAAUGGCUCGUCAGACGACGGGAAGCACUCGAUCUACCAGAUGAUAAUGCAGGCGGCAGGGUGCUUGCGUGUGGCGAAGUUCUUCCUAUUCUUAAACAGGACGGAUCAAAAUCCGCAGCUUCUCUCUGGUUAAAGGAAAAGAAAAGUGGUGGAUCGUCUGUCUAUAUCUGGAUUUUUGAAGAAGUAUUCCAGAGUAUUGUUCACGCCACUGUCAAUGCGCAGGGUGCUAUUUGUGAAAUUGAAGAUGCCGUGCGCGAGUUGUAUGCAUAUGAGCCCGCGGAAUUGCUAGGCCAACCUCUGGAUGUGCUGAUUCCCUCACUUGCAGGCGAUGGUCUGGAUCGUUGGGGAAAGAUGAACCAGUUAAAAUUCUUUGGCAGCAAAACCAAGCUUGGAUCUCAUUUUCCCGUCAUUGCCAAGGCGCAAGCCAUUGCAGAUUCAACGGAAGCUGCAUCUUCUCGUUUUUCGGUGCGCAUUACUUCUAUUCCUACCCUGGCCGGUCUGAUGACCGUACGACAAGAUGGCACAAUUGAAGGCUGCAACACCGUCUUUGGAAAAUACAUGUUUGGAUUCUCGGAAAAGGACCUUUUACACACGAACAAAAGAAUGGCCGAUUUAAUGCCUCAGUUUCCUGCUCUUCUUCACGCCAUUCGACGAGACGAUUUGCUCCAUCAUGGCUGCAUUCUGAACAAUCUUAUUUGCCGAAAAAUAAUUGCCGACACAGAUAAUACCCCUUACUCUCAGUAUCUCAGGUCCGUCGCCGCCAACAACCCGCGUGGGUCAUCCCAGGAACCCUUUGAAAAAGACCUACCUUUUAUGAUCGCCAUUCAUCGUGACGGCACUCCUUUCGAGGUUCAGAUUCAGUUGAAGCUUUUGGAAGACUCCGAUGAUCUGAUCGCCCUGUGGAUUAUCUUUGAUCGAGAAGCGACAUUUGCGCGAUUUGGACGUACCAGCGGAUCCCAAGCUGUAUUGCCACCUGUGGAUGGUGCUUCCCCACUGCCAUCUUUGCAAGAGUCUCAAUCUUUGCCGUCAACCACCCCCUCGGUUGCCCACCCCACCACGCCCAUGACGAUUAAAAAACCUCCCCGUCCUCCCUUGACCACGAUGCCAUCCUUUGCACCCCCCACUCCAGUCAAAGAGAGAUCAUUGUCGGAACUUUACCAAGCCCUACCGGCCGUCGCUUAUUCUGCUCAGACCCGGGCCACCGAUAUCAAGGACUAUGUCAUUUUGGACGAUCUCGGCCAAGGUGCUUACGGUUUGGUCAAGCUCGCUGUGCACAAGGACGAUCCUGAAAAGACAAAAGUCGUCAUAAAAUACGUGAUCAAAUCUCGCAUUUUGCUUGAUUGUUGGACAAGAGACCGGAAGCUCGGCACAGUUCCGGUGGAAGUGCACAUCCUGCAUACUCUGCGAAAGAUUCCUCAUCCUUAUUGUACUCUUAUGACUGAUUAUUUUGAAGAUGAGGAUCAUUACUAUAUCGUCAUGCCGCUGCAUGGAGAUGGCAUGGAUUUAUUCGAUUACAUUGAACUCAAGCCCCACAUGGCCGAGUCGGAAAUCAAAUCUAUUUUCCGGCAAGUCGCGGAAGCGGUUCAACAUUUGCACGAUCACAGUAUUGUCCAUCGCGAUAUCAAAGACGAGAAUGUAAUUAUCGACGAUGCGGGCGUCGUUCGUUUGAUUGAUUUUGGUAGCGCCGCUUACAUGAAAGCCGGCCGUCGCUUUGAUACCUGUGUUGGAACCCUGGAUUAUUCUUCUCCCGAGGUGCUUCGUGGUCAAACCUAUGAAGGCCCACCCCAAGAUAUUUGGAGUUUAGGGAUUCUGUUAUACACCUUGAUUUUCCGCGAGACACCCUUUUAUUCCGUCGAUGAAAUUUUAGAACACGAUCUGGAUAUCUCCAAAAUCCCAUUUGCAGGCCCUGUGAAAUUAAUCUCUUCGAUGCUCAGCCGGGAUCUAACACAACGCCCCACCAUUGAGGCGGUUCUGCAGGACGAAUGGUUGCGAUGAGAAGAGAAGUUUUUGAUCUAACGUCUUCCUCUUCAGGAUGUAAGCCUCCCUUUAGCCAGAAAAUCAAUUCUCCUUUUUUUUUUCUUGUAAAUUUAAAUCCAAGCAUCAUAUCAACUGUUUAUACCUCCAUUCUGUGCACAUAGCUUGCAACCUUUAAUAUAUUUUAAUUGGCC